CCAACGCUAUAACUGUACUGUAUUCUAUUGGCAUGUUGCACUAAAUAGAAGGGCAGCCUACCUUAACUUUAACAUGUGGGACCAAUAUUAGCCAUGCGACCAUUCCCAUAGCCCAGGAAGCUUUGUUGGCCCUGCUAGUUUACUAUAACUCAAUAUGAGCUGUAACCAUUACCGAAAGCAUGUUUCAUAACCUAUAUUGUCGUUUAGAGCAGCAUGUCUAGGACCUAGCUUUAUACAAUCGAUAUCGACUACCAUAUAUGCCACCUGACAUGUUAGACAAAUCUUGCACUGUUUGCUAGUUUAUCAAAAGGGCAGGACACUUUAGUGCCCUGUACCAGUUAUGCGAUGUAUAGCUCCAUUGAACACACAUGACGCUGCCUCUGUUUCCCAUGCCCUAGACUGGAUAAGCAAACCAAAGACUAGACUAAUUGCUUAAUACAGAUAUAGGGUGCGCUAUGUCAUCAGGAUAUUGUUUGACCUGCUCAGCUAACUGUUAAGCAUCACUCAUUUAUUUUAUUUUAUUUUAUUUCAAUUACCAAGCCUGUAUCACUAUGUUUACUGGUGUUAAACAAACAAAAAAUAUGGCAGUUCUUCUUAGGAGGGUAUUACAAACCAUCUUGCUAUCAUUAACGUGUGUUACCCCACAACAUCUCCUUUUUCGAUUCUGUACCACAUAACACAUAUGCCAUAAUAAAAGAAAGAUUUACAAAAAAAAGAAUUUGAUCUGUUUAAUUUUUUAUGAAAAUGUACACAUUACAAUUUUACUUAUUUGUAUUGGUAUUUACUGUAUAAGCUGUAAUUCCCUUUGUAUUCUUUUAUUCUGUUUUUAUAUUUAUUUAUCUUUUAGCUUAUGCAUUCAUCCUAUGCCACUUACAUUUAUUGGUAUGCCCCUCCCCCUAUCUUGCCGACAGCUAUGAGCACUAUUCUAGCCGUUCGGCAUGUCUCUGCUUUUCCUGCCCGCCCCCUCCCUUAUUGGCUAUUCAGCCAUAGCCCCAAUUUUCCGCCCUCCUCCCCUCGCCGGCCGCAAUACUUAUGCGUGCCGACGGCGGUCCCUAUUGCACGCACAUGCGCGCACACCUACUACAUUUCCCAACUCCCAUUGCGGCACGAAUAUAGUCACGUGACCGCACUAUAACGUUUCUAUUUAGCGGAUUAACGCUCGUUUUGAAAUUGUAAUGUAUUACAUUGGCAAAUAUAAAGCAAUUGCAGACUUUGCUAAUGGCAGUAUUACCAUACUGCUAGAAGAUACAGUUGUGCUCAAAAGUUUGCAUACCCUGGAAGAAAUUUUGAAAUUUUGGCAUUGAUUUUGAAAAUAUGACUGAUCAUGCAAAAUAUACAUACACUGCUCAAAAAAAAAAAAGGGACACAACAAUAACACAUCUUAUUGCUAUUUUUAUCUUAUUAACAUGUUUUAGUAAUAUUACUUUUAUCUGUAUUCUAAUUGGCUGACCGGAUUUUAGGCGCCAAUUUCAAUCAAUUCUUACCCUAUUUAAACUUACCCUGCCAGGUAUUAUGUUCUAAUUCCAUAUUGAGAAAGCCUUUUAGGCGAAACGCGGUUGUGGAUUUUAUAUUGUGCAUUUUACUCAUUAAAGCUCUGUUGGUUACUUUUAUUUGUGCCAAUCAUCUUUUAUACACUCUAUAAUAAUUCUUUUGAUUUCUACCUGGCAUUUUUAUUGUUGUGGACUCCAAGAAAUCCUAGGUGGGGAUCAAACCACCAACGCUUAUACCAGUGGGCAUUUCGUUUGCCCCACCCUUGGGAUUACCUUUUUAUAUAUAUUUUAACACCAUUGUUUUAUUCAGAGAGCACUAUCGGUUGUCUCUAUUUUAUUCUCUUUGAGUAUUGAACAUACCUUUUGAAGCAAGACACCUGCACCAUAUCCCAUAAGCAGGGAUUGUACCGCUGUACGCUGUCCAUACUAGAGCUAGCUAUAGCUCUUACUCAUGUGAGUGCAUUACCGUCUUCCUUUUAUUUUUUAUUUUACCUUAUUGGAUAUAUUGCACUAUUUUUUUCUAUCUUUUGUCUUUACAUAUUAUUGGAUCUUUCCAGGGAAGAUCUACGUGGACAUUAUCCCUGACCAAGCACAUUACAGACCAUUUGAUCUAAAGCAAGAACUGUCAAGUUAAGACUUUUUGGGGGAUAUAUUAUUGUUAUCCCAUUAUAUUUAUUUAUUUAUAUUUACUUUGUGUGGCGCAGCCUCUUUUCUGUAUUUUCCACAUAUGCGUGCGCACGGGGUGUGCCGGGUGUGCCUAGGCACACCCUAAUCCCCGCGGCACCGUGGGCCGGUGAGGGAGAUCAAAGAUCUCACAGGCAGGGGGGGAGGCAGGAGAGGACGCGGGGAGCUCUUGCCAGCAGCUCUGCCGGGUUCCUCUCGCGCGGUCGGAUUGUUGUCGCAGUUACCGCAGCAACGCUCAGAUCUUGCUAGAGUGAACUCUAGCCCCACAGGGGGCUAGAGUUCACUCUCUACUGGACCACCAGCGAAGGCAGGAGCAUGGUCCCCCCUCCCUACAUAUGGGGAGUAAACUGUUGCAUACUUUGCAUUCAUUAACUAAAUGGCCCCCACACAUUACACACAAACAUACAGCACACACACAUACAUCACCCUUACACACACAGCACACACACACUAACAACACCCUUACACACACAGCACCCUUACACACACAUCACCCUUACACAUACACACAUUAACAGCACCCUUACACACAGCACCCUCGCACACACAGCACCCUUACACACACACACAGCACACACUAACAACACACUUACACUAACACCCUCACACAUGCACACACUAACAGCACCCUUACACACAGCACCCUCACACACACAGCACCCUUUCACACACACAGCACACACUAACAGCACCCUUACACAUACACACACUAACAUCACCCUCACACACACAGCACCCUUACACACACAGCACCCUCACCCACACACACAAAACACACACUAACAGCACCCUUGCACACACAGCACCCUCACACACUAACAGCACCCUUACAGAUACACACACACACACAGCACACACUAACAGCACCCUUACACACACAGCACCUUCACACACAGAUCGCCUUCACACUCACAGCGCGCCCACACACACAGCGCCUACACACACAGUGCCUUCACACACACACAGCACCUACACACAGCACCCUCACACACACAGCAGUGUGUGUGUGUAUUUAUGUGUAUGUGUAUAUAUGUAUAUAUAUAUAUAUAAAUGCGGCAUGUGUGUUUCUGCUUUAUGGUGCACACCCUUAUACAAUAGGCUGUGCACGCCUAUGAUUUUCCAUUAAAGUUGGAUCAGCCUGUAGUGUGUUUUUCCACUUUAAUUUUGAGUGUGACUCCAAAUCCAGACCUCCAUGGGUUGAAAAAUUUGAUUUCCAUUUUUUUUUUUUUAGUGUAAUUUUGUUGUCCGCGCAUUCUACUAUGUAAAGAACAAAGUAUUUCAGAAGAAUAUUUAAUUCAAAAUCAAUACCAAAAUUUCAAAAUUUCUUCCAGGGUAUGCAAACUUUUGAGCACAACUGUAUCUUCUAGCAGUAUGGUAAUACUGCCAUUAGCAAAGUCUGCAAUUGCUUUAUACUUGCCAAUGUCUAAGUACAUGGUUUAACAUGUGAUGCACAGUUCUAUGGGGGUGUGGUUUUAUCUGAUAUGGGUCAGGAAUCCAAAAACUUUACUGUAGUGUUUUUUUUAUCUGAUUGUUCCAGCUAAUUCCCUAUUCUGCAAUUUGAUUCCUAGGUCAUGCCCAUGUCCCACCUGUCCUAAAGAAAUCAGAAAUGCUCCUGUUCAGCAGGGAGCAAUGUCGGAAGUGGAUGGGGCCCUUAACUAAAAACAUGCUGUGUGCUGGGUUUGAAGAGGGAGGAAGAGAUGCCUGCCAGGUGACCCAUCAUUCUUACAAAUAGUAUUAGUGUUCAUUCAACUAGCCCUAACCAGUGUACCCACACAUUCAUAUUAGGAAGUCUUAUUGUACCUAAAUGUUCAUAUAAGGAAGAUAUACACUGAUCAGCCACAAUACUAAAAUGAAAGACAGGUGAAGUUAAUAACAAUGAUUAUAUUGUUAUAAUGGUACCAGUCAAAGGGGGUAUAUCAGGCAGUAAGUAGACAGUCAGUUCUUGAAUUUUAUGUGACAAAAGCUAAAUAGUGAUGGCUUGACAACAGGAUCACUUGUGGGGUGUUCCCAGUAUGCAGUGGUUAGUACCCCCAAUAAGUGGUGCAGUUAAAGGGACACUAUAGUCACAUGGACAACUUCAGCUUAAUGGGGUUUAUUUAGGUGAGUACAAUAGCUCCGUGCAGCCUUUCAUAUAAACACUGUAUUUUAUGAGAAAAUACAGUGUUUACCUUGGAAGCUAGGAACACCUCCAGUGGCAGUCACUCAGACGACCACCAGAGGGACUUCCGAGUAAACUGUUGCAUACUUUGCAUUCAUCACGUUUGACGUCUUCACGCUUGGUUGAAGACAUCAAACGUGCUAUCAGGACACAGGAGGCACUGUCCUGUAGUAACCCGGAGCCUGUUAGCAAUCAGAGCCGACAGUGUAGAAGAUAAGGAUCUCCUGCACACAGUGUGGGCUAGGGCUGAAGGCAGAAGGCAGGAGACUGAACAGGAGGAUCUACUGAAUUCAAACAGUAAGUAAACUUAUUUUAAAAAUUGAGAGUGAGACAGAGUGAGAUAGAAAUGGAUACAUAGAAAUGGUUAGAUAGAUAGAGAUGGAGUGUGUGUGUGUAUGUUUAACAAUAUUUAUUUACAAUGUGUGUGUUUGUAUAUACACACACUAUAUAUAGAAAUGUCUCUAUAGUGUUUGCAUACAAACGUUUGGCUUAGGAGGGUUGCGGUAGGAGGGGGGCUGGCAUAAACAGCGAGCUGAGCUGGCAGUCAGCUCGCGAAUGCGCAUACUGCGCACAUGUGCGGUAGAGCACUCAGUGUUCCUUCAUAGGGCAGCAUUCGAUGCCGCUUUAUGAAGAACACGAUUGGUGCAGUGCAAAGCCAUGCAUGUGCACCAGAUCGCUAUGACGCUUCUAUGACGUCUGAUUGAGCCCUGCUAUUUCGGCAUUUUGAGGGGUGCGGGCAAAGGGGGCGCGGGCUGUCGGGGAUCUGGGAGCUGGAACGAAGGUAUGUUUUUUUUGUUUUGUUUUUUAAAUGGCAAACUAAUAUAAAUGCAAGAAAGAAGGCUAGGGUACCUGUCUUUCUUGCUUUUAUAUGCUGACUAUAGUGGUGCUUUAAGGACAAUCAGUGAACCUGCGUUGUGGUAAUGAGUGCUCAAGACUCAUUGAUGUAUGUGGGCAGCAUAAUGAACUAUGGGAAGAAGGUAGGUCAGUGGAGACAGUGUUAUGCUCUGAGCAACGAUCUACUGGGAAACUUUGGGUCCUGGCAUUCCUGUGGAUGUUACUUUGAUAUUUACCAGCUUCCUAUACAUUGGUGCAGACCAUAUACACCCCUUCAUGGCAAUGGUGCUCCCUGUUGGCAGUGGUCUCUUUUAGUAGGAUAAUGCACCCUGUCACGCUGAACAAAUUGUUCAGGAAUGGUUUGUGGAACAUGACAAAAAAUUUAAGGUGUUGCCUUGGCCUCCAAAUUCCUUAGCUCUCAAUCCAAUUGAGCAUCUAUGGGAUGUGCAGGGACAACAAAUUUUAUCCAUGGAGGUCCCACCUUGCAACUUGAAGGACUUAAAGGAUCUACUACUAAUGUCUUGUUGCCAGAUACCACAGGUCAUGUUCAGAGAUCUUGUGAGUCCAUGCCUUAAUGUAACAGAAUCGUUUUGGCAGCAUGAAGUGGAUCUAUACGUUAUUAGGCAGGUAGUUUUAGUGUUGUGGCUUAUCCGUGUAUUAAUUUAAAUUGAUAUAUGAAUAUAUGAAGACAUAUUAUGUCCAGACCUUCAUAUUAGGAAGCGUUUUGCUCUGCUGGACAGUAAACAGGGUUUUAAUUCCCCAAGGCCAAUGUGCUAACCUUGUUAUCCCAGAUGUCUGGAAACUCCAUCUUUAUGAUGCUCAGCCAGAAUAGCAGAGCACCAUGGGAAACUGCAAUUUUCCUUUUUCUCUCAUCCUAUAAUAAUAUAUGACAUACUCUAUUAAUACCUUAUCCCAUAUACCUUAACCUUAUAGAAUGUAUAGUAAUACCAUUGAUUAAAGGACCACUAUAGGCACCCAGACCACUUCAGCUUAAUGAAGUGGUCUGGGUGCCAGGUCCAGCUAGGUUUAACCCUUUUUGCAGUAAACAUAGCAGUUUCACAGAAACUGCUAUGUUUACCUAUGGGUUAAUCCAGCCUCUAGUGGCUGUCACACUGACAGCCGCUAGAGGCGCUUCUGUGCUUCUCACUGUGAUUUUCACAGUGAGAAGAUGCCAGCGUCCAUAGGAAAGCAUUGAUAAUUCUUUCCUAUGAGACUGGCUGAAUGCGCGUGCGGUUCUUGCAGCGCAUGCGCAUUCACCCGAUGACAGAAGAAGAGGGAGUAGAGUCCCAGCGUCGAGGGAGCCCGGCGCUGGAAAAAAGGUAAGGGAUUAACCCCUUCCUCACCCUUCAGCGCCACGGGAGUGGGACCCUAAAGGUGGGGGCACCCUCAGGGCACUAUAGUGCCAGGAAAACGAGUAUGUUUUCCUGGCACUAUAGUGGUCCUUUAACCUGUUAUUCCCUCUACUGUAAUAAUAAAUGAAUUGAUAUAUUCCUUAUAUCUAAUAUAACAACAUAUAAUAUUCAGUAUAAUAAUUUGCUACUUAUCAUAUAUUGUAUGAUGAUAUAAAUAAUGAUUCCCUUAAAUAAGUAGCAAUAUAUGCAUCAUAACCACUCCAGUGCACUGUCGCUGUUAUGGUGCCAAGAAGUGCCCUGGCACGUAAGUAAGUAGUCACACUACUUGCUGACAGUUUCACAACUUACCUAGGGUUUUCUGGGUGGAGGUCUCCUUGUUCAGUACAACUAGAAGUUCUCUGCUUUGUAGUAAGCCUGGCAGUGCUGGGCUUAGAUCAUUGGUUGAAAGCAACGAUCUGGCACUAUUAGACAAUGAACAGAGUCGACACAGCAGGGUUUAGUGCAGAAGAGCCAAUGGUAACUCCAUGCAGGAGUUUACAACUCUCAACUGAGGAAUUGACUACUGCCCGGUAGAUCCCAGUUAUGUUGUCAUACCUUUAGUAAAUGGUUCAACUACUCUGGGGGGGACCAAGGCCUGUGCUGGCACUGUAUCUAUAGAGCACCCUGUAGUCAUUAUGGUACUUGGAUUGUUCCUUUAAAUAUUCAAUUCUUUAUAACAGAGAAUUAAGUGAUAAGAAACAAUUUCCUAAAACAUUAUUUAAUUAUCACACCUUUCAUUUUUCACUGCCAUCCAUCAAUUUCCAUUGUUCCUUGUAUCAUGGUUUUGCGGUCUCUCUUAUUUUGCUCUCCCUCUUUCUUUUUUCUCCUGGGUGUUGCCAGGGUGACAGUGGAGGACCACUUGUUUGCCAGUCCUCCACCAAUAGCAACUGGUACCAAGUAGGAAUUGUCAGCUGGGGCAGAGGAUGUGGGCAGCCCAAGACUCCAGGAAUCUAUUCCAUGGUUUCCAACUAUAUUCACUGGAUUCACAAAGAGGCAGCCAAGGAAGAAAAGCCCCUAGGCAUCAUUUACCCAGCCAAAAAUGAAGAAGACAUCAAACGCAUGACUUUGGACAACAAUAACUACUUGAUCACUACAAGUAGCGCA